AUGGCCCAAACCCAGAACUCUGAUCAUACCCAAUGCUGCACCGUAUCUGGUUCCUCCAGCACCACCACUAUGAAGAAAGUGGUUCAAAAGCUCCGGCUGGGGGCGCCUGGGCUCAACCGCAUGAAGGUUUCCCAGGCAGCUGCAGAUGUGAAACAAUUCUGUCUGCAGAAUGCCCAACACAACACCCUACUACCUGGUGUGUCUUCAAGUACGAAUCCCUUCAGACCCCAGAACAUCUGUUGCUUUUUGUAA